AUGUCGGCAAAACAAAAGAGAAAACGAUUUGAUUUGGAGUUAAAAUAUAAAAUUGUGACAUUAAUUGAUAACAAUCAGUCUAUUGAUGAAAUCGUGAAAAAGUUUAGUGAUUACGGCUUAACAUCCCGUAAUGUAUACAAAAUUAAGUCUCAAAGAGUUAAGAUAGUUGAAGCCUUUAUAAGCUCUAAACCGUCAAAUGUCAAGUCAUUAAGAAAAUGUAAUUAUCCUGAACUGGAACAGGCAUUAGUAGAGUUUGUGGCCAACAGUUCGACAAAUGGAUUACCCGUAAAUACGGGCCUACUUAUGGAAAAAGCAAAUCAAUUAGCGCCUACUUUUGGUUAUUAUAAUUUUAAUGCAAAUAACGGGUUUAUUGAUAGAUUUAAAAAACGAAAUGAAGUUGUCUUUGAAGUCAGUCACGGGGAAGCCAGUGGAGUCUCAGACAUACUUUGCAAUGAUUGGAUAUCAAAUAAAUUACCACAGAUUUUGGAAGGUUUUAAGUGUGAAGAUAUAUACAAUGGUGACGAGUUGGGUCUCUUUUGGCGCAUAACACCAAGCAAAUCGUAUGUCAUUAAAGGGCAGACAUUUAAAAAUGGCAAAAAAAGUAAAGAAAGAGUAUCAGUAUUUGUCUGUUCAAACAGCACCGGUACACACAAACUUAAAAUGAUAGUUAUUGGCAAAUCAAAAGAACCAAGAAGUUUUAGAGGUAAUAAGUCAAUGCCUGUCAUAUACAGAAACAACACUAAAUCCUGGAUGACAUCUGAAAUUUUUAUUGAAUUUUUGCAUAAAUUCAAUAAACAAAUGAUUUUGAGCGAUCGUAAAGUAGCCCUUAUAUUGGAUAACUGUUCAGCGCAUCCAUCAAUCAAAUUAUCAAAUGUUAAAUUAAUUUAUUUGCCACCGAAUGCAACCUCAAGAUUGCAACCAAUGGAUGCCGGAGUCAUACAUUGCCUUAAAAGUAAUUACCGUAAAAAACUUGUCCGCCGAUUGUUAGCUUUAUAUGAAGACAAUAAUUCGUUUGAUGUUAAAAAUAUUACUUUAUAUGAAGCAAUAUUAAUGUUGUCUAACAGUUGGGAUGACAUCAAUUCUCAAAUUAUAACAAAUUGUUUCAAAAAAUGCGGUAUUGGUGAAAGUGAAUCAAUUAAUGAAACCACUGUAAGCAGUGAUGAACAAGAUUUUGAUAAUCAAUGGCAACAAUUAUGUGAUAAUAUAACAGAACGUGAAAUAGAUUUCAAUGAAUACAUUUCAUUUGAUGAUAAUGUUGUGACAAAUAUCAACGCAAAUCAAUUAACCGAUACUUUAAACGACAGCUCUCAAGGAGUAUGUGAUGUGACAGAAGACAUGAAUCAAGAUUCAGAUGAAAAUUAA